CUUAUCUUAUCGUAGCCAGAGAAAAGUUCUGGGAAGGGAAGCACAUGCUGCUACGUGCUUGCCUUCACCACGCGCCAGGACCCAUUGAGACUGCGAAUUUUGGGCCUGUAAUCACAGUGUCAAGUAACCGCCGUUGGUCGACAACAUGGUCAAAUCCUACCUGAAAUUCGAGCCCUCCAAGUCCUUCGGCGUCGUCGCAUCCAGCAACUCAAACCUCGUCUGGUCUCGGCCCAUAGCAAAGACAGCUGCCGGCACUGGCGCGGGGCAGGCCAUUGUUGGUGCAAAUGAGGAAGUGCUGGUCUGGGACAUCAAGAAGGGCGAGCUCCUAGGCCGGUGGAAAGAUGAGAACUGCAGGGCAAAGGUGACGGCUAUUGCGCAGAGCCGGACAGAUCCAGACGUGUUUGCGGUGGGUUACGAGGAUGGCAGCAUCCGUCUCUGGGACAGCAAGAUAGCUACAGCCGUGGUGAGCUUCAACGGACACAAGUCGGCCAUUACCAUCCUCGCCUUCGACAAGACGGGCGUGCGCCUGGCCAGCGGCGCCAAGGACACCGAUGUGAUCAUCUGGGACCUCGUCGCCGAAGUGGGGCAGUACAAAUUGCGUGGACACAAGGACCAGAUUACGGGCUUACACUUUGUCGAGCCGGACCCGACAGUUGAAGGCGAGGAUGAGGAGCAGGCAUUGAUGGCCGUCGACGCUGAGGGAGCCGAGGGGUUUUUACUGACAACGGGCAAAGACGCUCUGAUUAAACUUUGGGAUCUAUCUUCGCGUCACUGCAUUGAGACACAUGUAGCGCAAACCAACGGCGAGUGCUGGGCCCUGGGCGUCUCGCCUGACCUUUCCGGCUGUGUCACGGCAGGCAACGACGGCGAGAUGACAGUAUGGGCGCUAGACGUUGCUGCUCUGGCUUCGUCGGCGCAAAAGGUUGACCUCACACAGCCGGUCAGUUUCCUCCAGAACAGAGGGACACUGCACCGGCAGAGCAAGGAGAGGGCGACUGAAGUCUGCUUUCACCCAAAGCACGACUACUUCGCCGUGCACGGCGUAGAAAAGUCAGUCGAAGUGUGGCGGAUACGAACAGAAGCGGAAAUCAAGAAGAGCGUAGCCAGGAAAAAGAGGAGGAGGCGGGAAAAGCUAGCCAAGGACAAGAAGGCGGACGGGGAUGUCGACAUGGAUCAUGCCAAUGAUGAAGUUGACGACAUUACCACGGCCGACAUUUCAGACGUAUUUGUGCAACACGUCAUCCUCAGGACGACGGGCAAAGUCCGGUCGGUUGAUUGGGCCAACAACCAAGGGAAUAAGGACCUCCAGCUGCUUGUGGGAACAACGAACAACCUCAUUGAGCUGUAUUCGAUCGUUGGGAAAGACAAGCUCAAGUCAAAGGGCGAUGUCCCCGACUACAACAGGGCCCUGGCCGUCGAGCUUCCGGGGCACCGAACCGAUAUUCGGUCCGUAGCCAUCAGCUCCGACGACACGAUGCUGGCAUCUGCCGCGAACGGGUCAUUGAAGAUAUGGAAUAUUCGGACGCAGACAUGCAUUCGGACGUUUGAGUGUGGCUAUGCCCUCUGCUGUGCUUUCCUCCCAGGUGACAAGGUGGUAGUGGUUGGGACCAAGGAGGGGGAGCUCCAGCUCUACGAUGUUGCGUCGGCAGCUUUGCUUGAGACUGUUGCCGCGCACGAGGGCCAUGCGAUAUGGGCGCUGCAGGUCCACCCGGAUGGCAAAUCCGUGGUAUCGGGCGGUGCCGACAAGACAGCCAGGUUUUGGGACUUCAAGAUUGUCCAAGAGCAGGUUUUGGGCACAACCAGGACAACGCCGAAGCUCAAGCUUGUGCAAUCAAGAAUACUCAAAGUGUCUGACGACAUCCUCAGCUUGAGGUUUUCUCCUGACGCGAAGCUUUUGGCCGUCGCCCUUCUCGAUAGCACUGUCAAGGUCUUCUUCACGGAUACCUUGAAGCUCUACCUCAAUCUCUACGGUCACAAGCUACCCGUGCUCAGCAUGGACAUCUCAUAUGACAACAAACUUAUCGUCACCAGCUCGGCCGACAAAAACAUCCGGAUAUGGGGCUUGGAUUUUGGCGACUGUCACAAAGCGCUGUUCGGCCAUCAAGACAGUAUCCUGCAAGUGGCCUUCAUACCCCACAACUCGAACGGCAACGGGCACCACUUCUUCAGCGCCAGCAAGGACCGCACCAUUAAGUACUGGGAUGCCGACAAGUUUGAGCAAAUUCAGCGCAUCGACGGUCACCAUGGCGAGAUCUGGGCCCUCGCCGUGAGCCACAGCGGCACCUUCCUCGUCAGCGCAAGCCACGAUAAAAGCAUACGCGUAUGGGAAGAAACCGAUGAGCAGAUUUUCCUAGAGGAAGAGCGUGAAAAGGAGCUUGAGGAGCUCUACGAAUCGACCCUAACCACGUCGCUCGAGCAGGACCCUGAGGAGCAGGACCAAAACCAGGAAGUCGCAGCAGCCACCAAACAGACGGUCGAGACCCUCAUGGCAGGCGAGCGCAUUGCCGAAGCUCUGGAACUAGGCAUGGCCGACCUGGCGGUGAUUCGCGAGUGGGAGGAAGCGAGGCUGGUGAACCCCAACGUGGCCCCGCCGCAGCGUAACCCGGUCUUUGUCGCGCUCGGCAACGUGUCGGCCGAGGCGUACGUGCUCAACACGCUGCAGCGGAUCAAGGCAUCGGCGCUGCACGACGCGCUCUUGGUGCUCCCCUUCUCGGCCGUGCCCCUGCUCUUCACCUUCCUCAACCUGUUUGCGCGGCGCGAGAUGAACGUGCCGCUCACGUGCCGGAUCCUCUUCUUCAUGCUCAAGACGCACCACAAGCAGAUCGUGUCGAGCCGCACCAUGCGCGCCAUGCUCGAGGGCAUCCGCGCCAACCUGCGGGCGGCGCUGCGCCGGCAAAAGGACGAGAUGGGCUACAACAUUGCCGCCCUCAAGGUCGUGGGCAUGCAGCUGCGCGACAAGAGCGUCAAGGAGUAUGUGGACGAGACGUGGGAGGAGGACGAAAAGGAGAAGAAGGCUGUGAAGAAGAGGACGUUUGCCAAUGUUUCCUAGGGUCUGUGUCGGGAAAAUCCAGGCUGGCAUGCCACGGUUUUGGUUGUAGUUCCUCAAAUAUUUUGUGAGGUAAUGUAAAUAGGAAUGACAUUGUGGAAU